CAAACAUCUUGUCCACUCGAUUGCUGAAGAUACACUGUUUGUACGCCUGACGAUCAUUUCGUUCAUUAUAGGUCUCUGUCACAGGAACUCUCCUCGUCGAGUAUUCGAAGCUACAUUCAAAAUUGAACACUUUUCUAUAAUCCUGCCUCCCGCAGACUGUUGAAAUUUCUGCCACCAUGUCUAAAUCUAUCAAUCCCAAGGAAUCUACUCCCUAUGGAUCUGGAUCUGGAUCCCCUUCCACUUCUAUUGCUAUUGCAUCGAACGCGACCCAGGAGGUCGUUGUCAAACUCGAGGAUGAGUCGAAUGAAGACCCCCUCAUCAAGAAAGAGGAUGUCGGCCUUGAUUGGGACCCUCUUGAGCAUCUUGAAGACUUCGAUCCAUUGGCCACUCCCGAAGGGUGUGUCGACAUCAUCAACGGCCAUUGGGGAAAGCCCGUCGAAGAACUAUUGAACACCGCUGUCUGUUCGCCCCGUGCCCCUAAAUUCUGGGAUUUUGCUCUACUGCAGGCUCUAGCCCAGAUCGCUUCCUUCACUUCUGAUCGCCGUGCGAAAGCUGCCGAGGCCAUCAUGCUUGCCAACAGACAGCGAUGGGAGAAGACAAUAGGAAAACGUGAUCGCCAGAAAGAAGCCAUCGCCAAAGGCCUGCCUGAACCCAAAUGGGUCAAUGCCAAUGACGUCGAGCGGGCCUUACACGAACUACAUCAUACCGAGAAGCUCAUGCAAAAGAAACAACAGGACGCAGCUGAGAGGGCCAUGGCAGCAAAGGCAGCUAUAGAGCAGCCACAUCUCAGCAUCCAACAUGAGGAUGUAACAAAAGAUCAGAAGAUCCUUGCAAAGCCUGCAAACAGCGGUCACAAUCCCGGAACAGCACUGAAAUCCACGUCGAAAUCGACCUCGAACUCGAAGAAAUCGAUUUCAAAGUCACCACCUACCGUUGCGAACAAGACAAAACAGCGCAAGAUUUCACCCAGAGAGCUGGAUAAUCUCGUGCCAGGUACCUUCUUCCACGAGCACAGUGGAACACAAACCCCACCAGCUGACGGAGCAGAAAUUGAGCGUUUCGCUCUCAUGUGUCAUGGACUCUCACCUCACCUCCCUCCUCCCGAUGUGGAUACCGUUGACUCUGCCGUCGAGUCCUCUCCCAGCCAAGCGACCUCACUGUCUGACAACGCCAAUGGCAAGCGGAAGCGUGAUGAUGCCUCUCCGGCUGCAGACCGCCGUGUCGACGAACUCCCCGUGAAGAAACGCAAGCUCUCAUCAUCAUCCACUAGCUCCGAGGACGUGGCUCGAUCGAUCGAGCGAGAACUUGAUCUAGAGAACCCUUUCCUGGAGCGACUCCCAGAAGUCCCGCCCAUGAGACGCCCACAUACUAUACGAAGUUUGCAGGAGCACAUCCAACUGCUGCAUGCCAUAAUCGAGGCGCACCGGGUGAUCAUCGACAACCAGAGAGAUUAUUACUCUCGCAAGGAGGAAGAUCUUGCUUCAGAUGGGAGGAAGAUGCAGGAGGCGAUGACGGACUUCCUGAGCAGGUACCAGGAUUGAGGACUGUCAAACAUGUGUAGCUUAUUCCACAACAAUGCAUAGACAAUGAAUUACAAGCAUGCCACGAACUCAGACUGGUACCUCGUGAUGAACACGUGCAUGUUUCUUUAUAGGUGAUGUUAUUAUAAAUCUUCUGUCCACCUAGAGAGAAGGAAUUUAUUCAUGAGCAGCGAUAUAAAGCUGUGCUUUAUCUUCAGAGACAUACGAAUAGUAGUGUUUAAAGACAUAUAUAUUCACGAGCUCCGCUAGCUAUAGUAUUAUGUACACUUCUAGACUUUUAGGAGUCUAAAAUGAAUGGUCUUUCGAGC